AUGGCACGCCACGCGGGGGCGUCCGGGGUGGUCUUCGCGUCCAGAGUGGGGGAGGGGGGGGAGCUGCACCCGCCCGGUCUCGUCGUGGCUACGCGGCUUAGGGGCGGCGCCGCGUGCCCGCAGGACAUUGGCUGGAGGCUGAGCGGCCAGAAGGGCAGCCUGGCCGAGGGGGUGGUUGCGGCGCGCCACUUCAACGAGGUGCAGAUCUCGGGCGACCUCGUCAUCAAGACGGCCGCCACCUCGGUGCUGCGUGGCGAGAUGUUCUUCUACAGCCGCAUGCCGGCGCGCGCCGCCUCCGCCGACAUCGCCGACCUCUUCCCCCGCCUCCUCUCCUCGUCGGACGACAAGGACAAGGAGGGGCGACCCCACUCGACGUCGCGCAACGGGACGCCGCCCGUCCUGAGCGCGCCGCCAAACCGGCGGCGCCCUGCCCGCGAAGCCGUCGCCGCUCGCGCGGGCAACGUCUCCUCGAUGACGCUGCAGCGCGUGAGCGGCGUCACCUUUUCGCACCUCGUCACGCGGCUGCACUCCUCCGAGGGCGACCCGGCCUCGCUCCUGCCCGAGGCGGAGGUCGACCUGGGCGCGAACUACCUGCCCAAGCUCCGCAAGCGCUACUCGACCCACGAGUCGCUCUACACGCGCUACUCGACCCACGAGUCGCUCUACACGUCGCUCUGCCCGACGGCGCCGCAGAUGCACGCCAAGAUCUGCUCGGAGCUGGAGCUCUACAUGGCGUCGAGGCGGUUCCGCCACGCGCGCGCGCGCGUCAUCCAUGGAGACCCCGUCUUCUCGAACGUGCUGCUCACCGACGCGCCCUCCGUCUUCCUGCUCGACAUGCGCGGCGAGGUCGGCAGCACGCUCACGCUGCAGGGCGACAUGCUGUACGACCUGUCCAAGGUGUACCAGUCGCUGCUCGGCUACGACUUCAUCAUCCUCAACCAGCCGCUCAACGAGCGAGACGCCGAGAUCCUCGAGGAGCUGCGCGGCGAGUUCGCCGCCUUUGUCGCCGCGGAGUACGCCGACGAGGGCGUCGAGAUGCACGACGUCGUCAAGCUGACCGCGUCGCACUACUUUGGCAUCGUGCCGCUCCACCAGAACCAGAGCCACCGGCUCGCGUACCUCGAGACGUGCAAGGCGCUCCUCUCGUCGCUACCGCCGUAG